GUCACGGCGAAGGGGAUUCCCGACUCUGGGACCUUGGGGUUAGUGGAAGGUUUUUGUCUUGUCGCCAGUGUUGAAGAUGAGUCUGGAGUGGGUGGUUUUCGUUCUCCUGGUCGUUGCAGGCAGCGGCCGGGCGCAGUCCGAGGUCUCCGGGUGCCCGACGCCCAACGGCUUCUUCGCCGACGCCCAGCAAUGCGACAAGUACUACCACUGCCUCGAUGACGUCCUGACGGAGAAGGUCUGCCCCGACGGGAUGGCCUUCAACGACCUCAACCCGAAGGUGGAGAAGUGCGACUUCCUCUUCCAGGUCAACUGCGACGAGAGGCCCGACCUGCAGAAAGCGCGGCCCUCCGAGAACUGCCCUCGCCAGAACGGCUACUUCCCCCACCCGGAGCCGACCAACUGCCACCAGUUCUACUACUGCACGGGCGGCCAGAGCAGCCAGCUGACCUGUCCCGAGGGCCUCUCCUUCUCCGUCAACAGCGGCACCUGCGUCUGGCCCGACCAGGCGGGGAGGUCCAACUGCGUCUCGGAGAAGCUCCUCAACUUCACGUGCCCGUCGCUGCCCCCCUCCUCCACGGAAGUCCACCCUCGCUUCGCCGACCCCGAGGACUGCCAGUACUUCUACGUGUGCAUCAACGGCAAGGAGCCCCGGAGGAACGGCUGCGCUUUCGGACAGGUCUUCAACAACCUGACGAAGACGUGCGACGCUCCCAAAGACGUGCCUGAGUGCAAGGACUACUACACCGAGUACUUCGACAACUACUUCUCGACGCUGAACCCCGAGCAGGGCGGCCGAGUGAGCACCGACGUCAUCGCCGCCGCCAUCGCCUCGGGCUACCCUGUGCCCAAGCACCGCAACCGAGUCCGGGUCCAGCUCGGCCAGGCUACCCAGGCUCCCCAGGCUGCCGAAGGGGACGCGCCCUCGAGGAGACCGGUCGUCGAGGAGGCGACGCGGAAGCCCCCACGCCCGUCAGGAGGAGGAGGCCCGGCGGAGGCGUUCGUCGCAGGGGAAGGCCGAGGACGACGACCACAACGACCACCACGACACCCGAGCCCGACGCCUACUACUACUACUACUACGACGACGACUACUAAAACGACGAGAACCACCCGGCAGAGAGCUACCCCGAGGAGGCCGCCCCCGACGCCGAGCCCGCGAAGCCGCCCUCGGUCACCAGGAACUCCCUCCCGCUUCUCUCCAGGAACUGAGUGGGCGCGGGAGGCUGCGGGCGGGCUCGGCCACACCCAGUCUCGUAAGGGGACGUUGUUGGAAAUUUGCUUAUGUUUUUUUUUUUCUUCUUUUCUUUCCUCUAUUUCUCUCUGUUUCCUUUAUUUGGAUCUCUCUCUUCUCCCUUUCUCUGUUCUUCAAGCUAUUCUUCCUUCAGUUAGUUUUUCCUGCCCUUCCUCCCUCCCUUCCUCUCUUCCUCUCUUCCUCCCUCCCUCUCUUCCUCCCUCCCUCCCUUCCUCUCUCCCUUCUUCCCAUUUCCUCCUUCUAACCCCUUCCUCUUUCCCUAUUUCUUUUCUCCGACGAAACAGGGAAGAGAAAAUUAAGCGAAAGUUUGAAUGCAUGAUGUCCGUUGAAUCUGCGUCCGAGUGCGUGCAUACGACUUGAGUUUGAAUGUAGGUUGGAAGUCGACUAUUCGUUUUCAAAAUUAUGUUCUUGAAAUCUGUAAAAAGAAAAAAAUAACAUAUUUUGCGGUUUUGUUUUCUGUCUAUAUGUUCAGUGUAUUGUACAUAUGUCUAUAUGUGUUGUACAGAUUUGUAAAGCUGAUUUGGUUGAUGAGAUGAUCAGUCUGCUCGAAUUGACACCUGUCUAAAUCAUGAGAACAAAUGUAAUUUUUACAGUAAUAAAAAGACUCUCUACUCCA